AUAUGGAGAAAAUAAGGUUUGCCGAAUACUAAUGUCCAUUUCUCCACAGUACAAUGGAGCAUCAAAACCAAAUUAUAUAUUGAUUUGCUUUCAGGCGGGGUUUUGCAAGGGGAAAGAGGUCGCCGGAGGGAGAGUCGAAGCUUCUUCAACGAUCGAAAAUGGCGGACGACGACUUCAACUAAUUGGACAUGGGGAGGGUGCCGAGGAGGAUGUGGAAAACAACAACAAUGAUGAUGUUCCUGUGGAACCUCUUGAACUUGAUGACAAAGAAGAGCAGGAGUUGAAAGAACGGACUUUUAAAACAUCUAAGUACAUGACAAAAUAUGAAUGUGCCAGAAUCUUGGGUACUCGUGCACUGCAGAUCAGGCUACUUUCUGACUGGGCAGCAUGAAUGCUUCUGUUAUGGUUGAGUUGGUGGAGGAGACUGAUCCACUUGAGGCUGGGGAGUGGAGAAAAUCUGAGACAAGUUAUUUCAAAUCUUUGUGGUGUAUUAAUACAUUAUUGACUGAAGAAUAUUUUCAAUGAAUCUUACUAUUAUUCAAAAUUUAGGAUAAACAAUUGUACGAUAUUGCAAUUCCUCAACUGGAAAGAAAAAUAACAAUGAUCUCACCUUUUCCUUUGUCCAUUUUUUUCUUCUCUCAUACCAUGUUUGAGUUGCAAAUUGUCCUUGUAUUAUGGUGUAUAUAAAGUCAGCAGGUCUGGUUUUCCUUGCAACUUUUCAUUUCAGCUUCAUUUCAUUGUUACAAAGUCUGAAAUCUAUCACUCGUACUCUUGAAUACUACUCCAUAUCAAACAUUCUAUGAUUUCCCCUUGGAUAUUUUUGAACAUGUAAGCUUGUCAUUUCUUCAUCUAUAUAUAUAUGUGUGUGUGUGUGUGUGUGUGUGUGUGUGUUUGUUAUACAGACCGAUAUGAGAUUGCUUUUUGAUUCCAUACACAUCUGAUUUUCAAAAUUGUUUUAGAUUGCCAUGAAGGAGCUUCGUGAACACAAGAUACCCUUCACAAUUCGUCGCUACUUGCCUGAUGGAAGUUUUGAAGACUGGGGAGUUGUUGAGUUGAUUGUGGAAGACUCAUGGAAAAGAUAAGUUGGUAGUGAUUGAUGCUGUUUUGCACAGUAGAAUAAUAUUCAUAUGCAUUAUGUUCUGCUUGGUUAUCUUGUUGAAUUCAAAUCCAAAUAUGAGUAGACUGAUCUGGACAAAUGCUGUGAUGAGGAUGUUAUCUUGUUGAUCCUAAUUGAUCAUAUGCAACCAUGCAAGAGGAGGGUGGAAUUCAAAGAAAAUGUUAGGCUACGU